AUGGCAGUCAUAUUCCCCUAUACUAGCUCAAGGAACUCAAGUUCUAAAUCCUCUUACACUGUAGUUGGAAAGUACUUUUCUCAAAAGAGUGUCGUGAAACCAUUCCAGGUCAAGGUAGACACAUCCACAGUCCGCCUCGUGCUCUUCCACCAAUCCAUAGCAUCAUCUUUUAAGAAGAAUGUGGCUAUCAUCCUCUUCUCUAUCUCAGAGCACACCAUCAUCUCAAACAGUUUUAUUUCUGAUAUUAGAAGCAAUGCAGAAACGAGUGGUCUGGUUCAGUUACAAAAGAAGCUUAUUUCUAGAGUGUUCGGGAGAGAGAUUGACGUAGGGGAUGUUCAUGAAGGAGACACGAAGAUAAAGAGUUUUUUAAGUCGCAAAAAGGUUCUUCUUGUUCUUGAUGAUGUCAAUCAUUCAGACCAGUUGGGCUACUUGGCUGGAAGGGAAGAUUGGUUUGGUUCUGGAAGCAUAAUUAUCAUUACAACUAGAGAUGCUCACCUGUUAAUUGAUCAUGGAGUGGAGAGAAGAAGAGAUCCAAGUGUGUGGGAAAGUCAGUUGGCAAAAUUGAGAAAAGUUUCUAAUGCAGACAUUUUCAAGAAACUGAAAAUAAGUUAUGAUGAUCUAGACGAUAAUGAGAAGCAAAUCUUCCUAGACUUGGCAUAUUUAUACGUAGGCGGGCUCGGGAAAGAUAUUGCAACAAAGUUACUUGACACUUGUGGCUUUCAUGCAACUGUAGGAAUACAGGUACUUGUGGACAGGUCUCUCUUAACUAUUUCAAAUGCAGGAACAGUAGAAAUGCAUGAUUUGCUCCGAGAAAUGGGCGUACAAAUUGUUCGCCAAGAAUCUGCUAAGGAGCCAGGCAAGCGCAGUAGGUUGCAACUUACAAAAGACGUUAUUGACGUCCUCGGAAGAAAUACAGGAACUGAAGCAGUGGAAGGCAUCGCACUAUAUAAUUCCAUCGCCAAAUUGCACUUGUCUCAAUAUUCCUUUUCAGUGAUGAAAAAUUUGAGGUUACUGAUUCUUAAAUGUGCUCCUGUGCACCUCUCCGACGGGCUCAAGUAUCUUCCAAUACAUGCAAAACGCCAGUUGCCACCAAUGUUUACAGAGAAUUAUUGUCAUGGCAUUAUUGACACUAUGAAAGUCGAUGGACAAGAGUCUGAGUUUAUAGAGUAUCGGUUUGAUCACAUACGAGCUCUGUCGGAUCACCUUUGUUUUCGUACUACAGCAAUGAUUCCCCUUCAAUGUCUUCAUGCUUUGGGCCAAGGCUUGGUUGUGAAGAAAUUUGGGGCUCGUUUAGUAUAUGAACAAGAUGUCGCAGAGUUGAACCAAAGCAAUGGUGACAUUUCUGAUGUGGCAGAGGUUAACGAAAGCGACACUGGCAUUUUUUAUGACGCUUUGAAAGUUCUUCCUUGUGAUUCUGGGGAAGCAGCAGCUGUAUCACAUACCAUUUCCAAGAGAGGACCUAGUAGUGGAGGUGCGUUUUCUUUUUAUAAGGAACCUCAGCCUGAUCUUCUGGAAACAUUAAGGACUGGGAGGGUCCAGACCCCCCUCCCCUCUACAUACCUAAGUGAUCUAAUUAAGCUUUAUCCCAAGCGAGGCGUUGGUGGGUGGACAAGGAUCUGGCAGAAGUAG